CAAAUCCGCCAUAUUGAACGCGCGUGUGAAAAGUUGAAUUAAUUUUCCUCAUUUAUUGAGCAUAUUUUGUAGUUUUUUACAAAGGAAACUUAUCUAAAAGUAAUCGACAUGGAUGAUGAAUGGGAUGAUGGACCCGUAGCAACGCCAAGCUACAAUAACAACAAUAAUGGAUAUGCUGCUCCUCGUCAAGAAGAGUCCCGUGAAUUUGGUCGUCGUGACAACAAUUACGGCGGCGGAAGCGAAGAUCGUCCCAAACGUGAACCACGUGCCGGCGAUUGGUCUUGUUCCGAAUGCAAUCAAUCGAAUUUCGCACGAAACAACGAUUGUUUCAAGUGUCAUGCGGCAAAACCCGAAGGCGCAGGCGGAAAUGAUGGCGGAAACAGUUAUGGAGAUCGCCCGAAACGCGAACCUCGUGCCGGCGAUUGGAAUUGCCCGGAUUGCAAUCAAUCUAACUUUGCAAGGAACAACGAAUGUUUCAAAUGUCAAACUCCAAAGCCCGAAGGAGCAGGAAAUGAUGGCGGAGACGGCGGAUAUGGAGGAGAUCGUCCCAAACGUGAGCCUCGUGCAGGAGAUUGGACUUGCUCCGAAUGCAGUCAAUCGAAUUUCGGAAGUCGUUCGGAGUGUUUCAAGUGUCAAGCGGCAAAACCCGAAGGAGCUGGCGGCGAUGAUCGCCCAAAACGUGAGCCAAGCAAAUGGGAUUGGAAUUGCCCGAACUCCGAAUGUGGCGUUAACAACUUUGGAAAUCGCAAUGAAUGUUUCAAAUGUCAAACUGCGAAACCAGAAAGUGCAAAUUUCGAUGAAAAUGGCGAAAAACGACCUGAACUGUAUAUCCCCGAGGAACCAACAACCAACGAGGAAGAAAUCUUCAACACAAACAUCGCCUCAUCCGCCGAUUUCUUCGACAAACAAGACAAGAUUCAAGUUAGCGUGUCGGAAAAUGCCCCAAAACCGAUUCUCUCCUUCGAACAAUCCGGUUUGCGUGAAUAUUUGUUGGAAAAUGUGCGCAAAUCUGGCUACACACGCCCGACGCCCAUCCAAAAGUACGGCAUUCCAACAAUUAUGGCAGGCAGAGAUAUGAUGGCUUGCGCUCAAACAGGUUCGGGCAAAACCGCGGGAUUUUUGCUUCCAAUUUUGCAUACGUUGCUCAGCGAUGAAAGACCUUUGGAGAUUGGGAAGCCACAUGCUGUCGUUGUUUCGCCAACUCGCGAACUUGCGAUCCAAAUUUUCAAUGAGUGCAGAAAAUUUUCGUACGGAUCGAUCAUUAAGGUUGAAAUUGCGUAUGGAGGCACAGGAACUCGUUAUCAGAGUGAGAAGAUUUUGCGCGGCGCUCAUAUUAUUGUCGCAACUCCGGGUCGUUUGUUGGAUUUUGUCGACAAAGGAUGGAUUCAAUUCGAUAACAUUCGCUUCGUGGUUUUAGAUGAAGCUGAUCGUAUGUUGGAUAUGGGAUUCAUGGAGCCCAUGAAGAAAAUGAUGCAUCAUCCAACGAUGACGAAACCUGGAGAACGCCAAACAUUGAUGUUCUCAGCUACAUUCCCUGAAGACGUUCAACGUAUUGCUGGCGAAUUCUUGAACGAUUACGUCUUUGUAGCUGUUGGAAUUGUCGGCGGAGCGUGUGCCGAUGUCGUUCAAACCAUCGUUCCCGCAGGUCGAACUGAGAAACGUAACAAAUUGAUGGAAAUUCUCGAGCAAGAAGACCCUCACAUGGUAAUGGUAUUCGUCGAAACAACUCGCAUGGCAGAUUUCCUCGCGACAUUCAUGAGCAACACGCGCUUCCCAACUACCAGCAUUCACGGAAAACGCGAACAACGCGAACGUGAACUCGCCUUGAAGCAAUUCCGAAGCGGCGCAAUGAAAGUUCUCGUUACCACAAGUGUUUGUGCUCGCGGAUUAGACAUCAAAAACGUGUCGCACGUCAUCAACUACGAUCUCCCAAAGACAAUUGACGAUUACGUUCAUCGCAUUGGGCGCACGGGACGUCUUGGAAAUCGCGGAAAAGCUACGAGCUUGUAUGACGAGGAAACUGAUCGAGCUCUCGUGCCAGAUUUGCUUCGUAUUUUGCAACAAAGCGGGCAAGAAAUUCCUCCCUUCUUGAGCGGACAAGCAAGUGCAGGCGGAGAUGCGGGAUUGGGAUAUGGCGCUGUCGAUAUUCGUCCCGGAGGAACAGCUCAAUUGAAACAAUUGGAAGACGACGAUGAUUGGUAAAUGGAUAAAGUCGAAAAAUUUCGUACUUUUUGAUGAAAAAUGAUUCCUUAACUGUUUAUUACUGUUAAUUUAUAAGUAAAAUAAUACAAGAAAUGACCUCUUAAACAUUCAAAUAUGAGAAAUGUUAAAAAUUAAAAACAUUAAAAUUAUUUUCUGAC